AGCUCCUGUGUCUUACACUCGCUGAGACUCUGUGUCUUUAGGUGAUCGCUACUGGUCGUAUCUCCACUGCGCGGUAUUGUCUGCGACAAUGAGUUCCAUCUUUUCUGCGAUCUGUCUCGGAGCGUCUUCUCUAUUUGCAUCUCCCACCGCUCCAGCGACAGGUCGCUGGAAGGAGGAUUCUUUCGUUACCCAGCGCACUGAACAUAUGCCCCUGUGCUCAUUCAUGCGUGUAUGCCUUUCCGUGGUUUUCUGUGGGCUAUAUAGACUAUGCCUGGCUUAUGAAGUCCCUUCGCUCGAAUCUGUAAAAAGCUUUGUCACCGAAUCGCCGCUUGGCGAUAUGACAAUGGCUUCGAUCGUGGAGAUACCAGUCUCGUCGUGGCACGGGACCUCGCAUGCUACUGCCGUGGCACGGACAGUAGCAUCCUCGGAUGUGGAACCGGCCGAAGAUGCCCCCCCAAACUUUUCUUGCAGCCUUCUUGACAACGCGCAUGUGCGAUGCAUCCACAUCGUUUAUCGAUCCAAGACCGGACCAGUGACAAAAAUCUUUACCGGCCCACUCGCACCCAGCACGGCAGCCGCUUUCGUGACGUCUGAAUCUUCAACGUGCACAUGCUCAAUAUUUCCAGCCAGCUCGUCUGAAGCUAUCGAUUCUUCGUCCUUGGGCCGAGUGCAGGAUGGCCAGGUUCCACAGGAAACAGGGAAGCCGAAUUCAGCAACCAGCUCCCCUGCGCCCGUGCUUCCGAAGGUAAACAUUGUGGCUAUUACCGCGUCUAUCAUGGCCGCCAUAUUGUUUGUCGCUAUCGUUGUCUAUAAGUUGUGCCGACGAACACACAACCGGAAGGUGCUCAAAGCCUCACUCUUUCGACCCAAUCAGCUAGUGGGCCAUGCUGAGGACGCGGGAGAUCCCUCGCAGGCGGCAAAAAAUCCCGAAUUCGACCACACAAUCAAAGGAGAGCCCCGCUACCUCAACCAGGACACAGAUAGUUGCGAAUGGAUGCCACCAUACUCAGUAAACGACCCGGAAAGUGCUAAAUAUACCUUCGGAUCUGCCACUGUAUAAGGGAUGUCCAGAAUAGAACUAUAUAUCUCACACCGG